AUGUCAUUGCCAUUAUCCUUUGUUUCGUGGAAUUGUCGAGGUGGGCUUUCUUUUAAUAGGAAGGAGCAUUUUAUUAGAAACAUGGUUUCUACUAAUAAUCUUUCGUUUAUUGGGUUAUUGGAGUCUAAAAAGGAGGUUGUUGGCGAAUUUCUUGUUAGUAAACUUUGGCCUAAUUUGGAUUACAAGUUUGAUUUCAUUCCUUCCGUUGGCGCUUCGGGUGGUAUCUUGCUUAUUUGGAAUUCUAUGAUGAAUAAUGUAUCGACUUCGAAAGGUCAUAGAUGUAUAGUUCUGGAUUUUUUGUUUGACGCGGUUCCUUGUAGGCACAUUCUGAUUUAUGCUAGUAACGUGGCUUCGGAGAGAAUGGUGUUUUGGAGAGAUAUUCAGGCGUUUUUAUGUUUUCCUGGUACUAUUCUCAUAAGCGGAGACUUCAAUGAGACUCUUUCGCCAGAAGACAGAUUGCAUGGUGCGGGAUUUACUCCUUCGAUGGUUGCUUUUCGAGACUUUGUGAACAAUGCGAAGCUGUUUGAUUUACCGCUGCAGGGGAGGAGUUUCACUUGGCAAAACUCCCAUUCUAGAUCCCGGAUAGAUAGAUGUUUGAUAUCUGCUGCGGCUAGCUCUGCAUGGCCGAACAUGUCUUUACUGGCGCUCCCUAGAGGUCAAUCUGAUCAUGUCCCGAUCUGUUUCCGUUCUGCAAACAAAAUAGAUUGGGGGCCGAAACCUUUCCGAUCAAUAGAUGCGUGGUGGGAUCAUAAUGAUUUUGAGGAAUUUGUGAAAGCAAGCUGGGGUGAGAUCUGUUUGAAUUCUUCUAAUCUCAUCCAAAGAUUAAAAGAGUUUAGGCGUCGUAUUAAAGGUUGGAACUCUGACGUGUUUGGUGAGCAAUCUCAAAAAAUUAAGCCCUUACAGAAGAGAUUUCGGUCAAGGAGAUUGCUGGGGAGUCAGGCUCGACCUCGUUUGCUGAGGAACAAGAGUUGUGUAAACUCAAAGAGGAACUGUGGACAGCGGAGAAGAGAUUAG